CCACCCUGCGGCGGCGGACCGUCACAGCGGUGUCUCCUGUCCCCUUGUCUCUGUGUGUUCCUAUUCUCGGGCCGGAGCGCCGGCUGACUGGGGGGAGAGCGAUGCGGUGAAUGCGGGCGAGGAGGCUGCCUCGAUGGAGGCUUCGGCACGAUCACCGCCAAAGAGGAGCCACAGAGCCGAGCCGGGGCUGGAGGAAGCCGGGGAUCGCCGGGACGGCGGCAGCGCCAUGGAAGCCGAGCUCUACUUCCUGAUCACCCGAUACCUGCAGUCUGGCCCAUGCCGGAGAUCAGCCCAGGUGCUGGCGGAGGAGCUGGAGGAGCACCAGCUGAUCCCGCACCGCCUGGACUGGGAGGGGAAGCGGCACUCGCGGACCUAUCAGGACCUGGUGUCAGAAAACGUUCAUAUCCCCCCUGACUACCUGCUGAAAAUCUGUGAGCGUAUUGGGCCUAUUCUAGACCAGGAAAUCCCACAGAGUGUGCCUGGUGUACAGAGUCUUCUUGGAGUUGGGAAACAGUCCCUUUUAAGAAGAGCUAAAGAUUGUCGCCAUACACCAUGGAGAGGGUCCGCUUUUGCAGCUUUACACAGGGGAAGACCACCGGAACUUCCUGUGAAUUAUGGGAGGCCCCUAAAUAUUGUGAAUGUCAUCUCAGCCAGAGAGCUUACUGGAUGUGCACGCUUCAGCCACAUAAUCCCAGUUACAACCUACCAGCAAAUGAAAAUGCACAAGAGGAUUCUGGGCCAUUUGUCGUCUGUGUACUGUGUGGCUUUUGACCGCAGUGGAAGGCGCAUCUUUACUGGAUCAGAUGACUGUCUUGUAAAGAUAUGGGCUACUGAUGAUGGUCGACUUCUCUCCACUCUUCGUGGGCAUGCAGCUGAAAUCUCAGACAUGGCUGUGAAUUACGAGAACACCUUGAUUGCCGCUGGUAGUUGUGACAAGGUGGUGCGUGUGUGGUGUCUGCGCACAUGUGCACCUAUAGCAGUGCUACAAGGUCAUACAGCCUCAAUCACUUCCAUACAGUUUUGUCCAGCGGCUAAAGGAAAAAUUAGAUACCUCACUUCUACUGGUGCUGAUGGGACAAUCUGCUUCUGGCAGUGGCAUGUGGACGAGAUGACGUUUGAUGAUCGCCCUGUGAAGUUCGCUGAGCGGUCCAGACCUGGCGUUCAGAUUUCUUGUUCCUCCUUUAGCUCCGGUGGUAUGUUCAUAGCCACAGGCAGUACUGACCAUGUAAUAAGGAUAUAUUACCUGGGCUCUGGUACACCAGAAAAGUUGUCAGAACUGGAAGGGCAUUUGGAUAAAGUCGUCGCUGUUCAGUUUUGCAAUAACGGUGACCGCUUGUGCUUUGUCAGUGGGAGCCGAGAUGGGACAGCGAGGAUUUGGCAAUACCAGCAGCAGGAAUGGAAAAUGAUCGUACUGGAUAUGGCCGCUAAGAUGGCAGGGACCAAUGUUACAAGUGCAGAGGACAAGGCUCCCAAGCUGAAAGUCACAAUGGUGGCAUGGGACCGAUCCGAUAGCUCGGUCAUUACUGCAGUGAACAAUUUCCUUUUGAAAGUGUGGCACUCCCACAGUGGCCAGCUUCUUCACGUAUUAUCUGGUCACGAUGAUGAAGUAUUUGUGUUGGAAGCUCAUCCUUUUGAUUCCAGAAUUCUACUUUCUGCUGGGCAUGAUGGCAACAUUUUUGUAUGGGAUCUAGAAAAAGGAACAAAAAUUCGAAAUUACUUUAACAUGAUUGAAGGCCAAGGUCACGGUGCUGUUUUUGACUGCAAGUUUUCACCUGAUGGACAGCACUUUGCCUGCACCGACUCUCACGGUCACCUCUUGCUUUUUGGAUUUGGUUGCAGUAAGGCUUACGAAAAGAUCCCAGAACAAAUGUUCUUCCACACAGACUUCCGACCUUUAAUCAGAGAUGCCAACAACUAUGUGCUGGAUGAACAAACUCAACAAGCCCCACAUCUCAUGCCACCACCAUUCCUUGUGGAUGUAGAUGGCAACCCUCACCCUACAAGGUUACAGCGGCUUGUGCCAGGGCGAGAGAAUUGCAAGGAAGAACAGCUCAUCCCUCAACUAGGCUACAUCGCUAAUGGUAAUGGUGAGGUGAUGGAGCAAGUAAUUGGCCAGCAGACAGAAAAUCAUGAUGCUAGUAUCCUCGAUGGACUAAUUAGGGAGUUGCAGCGGGAGCAAGAUGAGAGGCAUGUGGAUAAUGACGAGCCAAAUCCUGAUCCCUCACUUAACCCUCCUUAUAAUAGAACAGACUCAGGAAGUGGAUUUGUGAGAAGUCAAAGUUUGGAUUUGUCAUCCCCGCCUAAUGUCGGCCUCCGACGUAGCGGCCAAAUUGAAGGAGUUCGGCAAAUGCAUCUUAAUGCUCCCCGAAGUCAAAUUGCUACUGAACGGGACUUAAUGGCCUGGAGCAGAAGAGUGGUUGUAAAUGAGUUACAUCCUGGUGUUAGUAGGGUCCAGGAAGAAUGUAGAACCGCAAAGGGUGAAACGGAAGUAUCUCUGUACAAUACAGAAAAAAAGAGGAAGCCUCCCCACCCCGCACAAAGGAACGAGUACCAAGUAUGCAGCGGACGAUCAUUAAGAAGAAUACAGAGGAAGCGGCCACAUGCUUAUCAGACCCGUUCCGCUAUCGAACAUGACAGGCAGACAAAUGUCCCAGCUGCAAAUGGGGAAGAUUCUCAAAGUUCUUCAGAGGAUGAAGAAUCGCGACCAUCAACUGAGGCUUCAGCAGCUGAUACAACAGCAGGUUGGCAAACUGAGAGCUCCUCCAGUGACUCUUCAAGUGAAUACUCAGAUUGGACAGCAGAUGCUGGGAUCAAUCUUCAGCCUCCCAAAAGACAAACAAGGCAGACGACGAGGAAAAUGUGCAGCAGCUCUGAAGAUGAAAAUGCCAAGGAGGAUUAUAAGCCCAAGAAACACAAGCAGACAAAGAGAAAGAAACAGAAUGAAUUUCUAUCUAUGGAAGGAGAGACAAGCGAAGAGUGGAUCCCUCCGCAGUGGAUUCUUGACACAAUACCACGGCGUUCCCCUUUCGUCCCACAGAUGGGAGAUGAGGUUAUUUAUUUCAGACAAGGUCAUGAAGCGUAUGUACGAGCUGUAAGGAAAUCAAAAAUCUACAGUGUUAACCUACAAAAGCAACCAUGGAACAAGAUGGAGCUCAGGGAACAGGAAUUUUUGAAGGUCGUGGGAAUAAAAUACGAGGUUGGACCACCAACGCUGUGCUGCUUAAAACUUGCCCUCCUGGAUCCUACAUCUGGCAAAAUGAGCGGCGAAUCUUUCUCUGUCAAGUACCAUGACAUGCCUGAUGUCAUUGACUUCCUUGUACUUUAUCACUUCUACAAAGAGGCCAAGGAAAGAAACUGGCAGAUAGGAGACAGAUUCCGUAGUAUCAUUGAUGACGCUUGGUGGUUCGGAAUGGUGGAGAGUCAACAGCCCUUCCAGAUGGAGUAUCCAGACAGUUUAUUCCAAUGCUACAGUGUUCACUGGGAUAAUAACGAGAGGGAGAAUAUGAGCCCGUGGGACAUGGAGCCUGUUCCAGAUGAUGCUUUGCCAGAUGAAAUCGGUGCCGGUAUUCCCGUGACUGCCGAAGAACUGAAUGCUCUGCAAUACAAACCGGAGGAAGGAGAAUGGGGGUCGAAGUCAAGGGAUGAAGUGUGUAAUCGGGUCAUUCAAGGAAUUGAUCAGCUUCUGUCUCUCGAGUUUGCCAGCCCUUUCAGUGCUCCUGUGGAUCUUAGUGCCUACCCAUUAUAUUGUACCGUUAUAGCGUACCCAACAGAUCUGAGCACAGUAAGGAAGAGACUAGAAAGCCGUUACUACAGGAGGAUCUCUGCGUUGAUGUGGGAGGUCCGUUACAUUGAGCACAACGCCCGAACAUUCAAUGAGCCCAACUCUCCAAUCGUAAAAGCAGCCAAAAUUGUGACCGAUGUAUUAUUACGUUAUAUUGGGGAUGAUGAUUGCACUGAUAUCCUAGAGAUCUACAAUCAAGUCAAGUCAGAAGAUGUUGGAAACGCUGAGGACGAGCAAGAGACUGCCACAGUUGAAAUGGAGUCCGAUUUACCGGGAACAUCCUCAGGUCGAACUUUAACGCGACGAACUAAAAGACAACUUCUCCGAUCCAAUCCUGACUCGUGGAAGGAUAGAUGUAAAGAGCUUUUAGACCUCAUUUAUGAACGGGAAGAUUCUGAACCCUUCAGACAACCGGUGAAUAGUGUUUCCUAUCCUGAUUAUCAGGAUGUCAUCGAAACUCCAAUGGACUUCAGCACUGUUAAAGAAACUUUACAAAGUGGAAAUUACAGCGAUCCCUUGGACUUUGGCAGAGAUGUUCGGCUGAUUUUUAGUAACUCUAAAGCAUACACACCUAACAAGAAAUCCAGGAUCUACAGUAUGACUCUUAGGUUGUCUGCAUUGUGUGAAACCUACAUCAAAGAUAUAAUUUCCGAUUACAAAUUGGCAAUGCAAUUACAGAAGCGUAAAAGGCGGAGAUACCGCAAGCGCAUCAGGAGUAGUAGUAGCAGUAGCAGCAGUCGGAGCAGCAGCAUCUCAUCCUUCAGCAGUCGAGCUUCAAGUCCAAAACCAAGAAGAUUGAAGCUUCAGCCGAAACCCAGCCUAAACUCAUCUUUGCCCUUGAGAAGUAGCUCAUCCUCUGCGUCACAAAUGUCUGACACUGCUGUGGAACCUGAUGCAAUAUCUGCUGAUGAACAAAUGGAAGAGCAGCCAUCUUCAUCCACAUCUGUUAAGCCGAACAAAAGCGACGCAGAGCCUGAACAAGCGAAUGGCGCGAAGGUUAAAUGUUCCCCUGUUAAAGCAGAACAUACCAAUGGACCUCUUACAAAUGGCGAGGGAGGUGAUACACCAAAGUCCAGAAGAAGGUUACUAAGUUCUUCUGAAGAUGAAAGUCAAGGAGAAGAUGUAAAAAAAUCGGAAGAACCACCACCUUUGGAAAAGCGUCCACAUACCCGUUCAUCAUCUGAAAGCAGAGAUUCUGAAUCUAGUUUGAGCUCCAAGAGUGAAUUGGAGUCUGAUAGUAGCUCAGAUUCAGAGUCGUCAACCAAGUCGGAUCAGGAUUACGUUGAUGGGGACCACGAUUACAGUAAAGUAGUACGGACAAAACUUAAGAGGAAACUAGUGAGUAAAUCUGGUGAUGGGAAAAUCAAAGGGAGAGGUCGGGGACGAAGCAGAGGAAGGGGACGUGCAAAAGGUUACAAUCGUGGUAAUGAACUAGUUCCCAAACGAGGAAGAGGUAGGGGUCGGGGAAGGGGUAGAGGUAGAGGCAAAGGCAGGGGGACAAACAAGACUGAAAGUCCCAGUGGCCCUGGCGUGAAACAUUGCCAAGUGUCUGACGAUGAUGAUAACAAUAUUACCGAUGAUGAGGACGACGACGAUGAUGUCGAAAACGACAACAAUGAUGAUGGAGAUGAGAGUGACUUUGUUGGACAAAUAAGGAAAAAGCGCAAGAUAAAUACAAGAAAUCAGGGCAGAAGAACUGUGUUAUAUAAUGACGAUUCAGACAAUGACCAUGAUAAUUUGGUGCAAUUUGAUGAUCCCUUGAACCUUGGAACCUCUCGAUCUGGAAGAAUACGCAAAAUGACUGAAAAGGCAAGAGUGAGCCAUCUCAUGGGAUGGAAUGGAUGACCAACAUUGGCUGGGAGUUGAAUUUUUUCUUUUUGUUUUUUAUUAUUUAAGAAAACAUAAGGGGUCUUCUACUGCAGGGAUUUUUUCCGUAUUCUUAGAAAGGAUUUUUUGUGGGACCGUUUGCUCUCUACGGUGGUGCUUUUUUUGAUGCAUUUGUAAAUGUAUUACUGAAUCGCUUAUUAAGGCCAGCCUUAUUUAUUAGGUCUUAAGACUUUUUUUUUACAGCCACAACAAAAAUCCAACACUACAAUUCAAAAGGUGCAGCUUCCAGCUUAAUACGAGGGGCACGAAACCUUUUUAAAAUCAUGGUUAAAGCUUUUGUGUGUGUAAUAUAGAGUAAGCACCUUUUUAUAGAGAUUUUAUAUGGUUUUGUGACUUUAUGCUUCAGAUACAGAAAAAAAAAUAUUUUUUUGCACAAGAUACCAACCCUGAUGGCAGCUAAAAAAUGUUUACAGUUUUUAAACCUUUUGGGGAUCUCCAUAAUGCUAAACUUCCAAUGCCAAAUGCUCAUCUUCUGGGUAUGACCAAUCUUAAUACUUAUUGAAUGACCUAUGAGUUUCAAUCCACUUUUCAGUUUUUCACACAUCUAUUUUUCUUUUUUUCUUUUUUGGUGUAGGAAUUUAAAUAGUGGUGGUGCCUUUGUAAAUAAGAGUCCUAUAAUAUAACAUUUUAAGUGCCAGCUGGUUGCGCAAAACACUGCAUUUUAGUACUCUUCUAUUCCUACUUUGAUUUGAUGGGGUUUUUUUUUUUUUUUUUUUACACAUUUGUGUCAUCGUUUUGGCUUAAAAUUCCAGAUAGAACGUGAAAAGAUGUAUAAAGGGAGGAGGCCAUUUAAGAUCAGGGACACACCAAGCUUUGAUAAGCAAAAUAUGUUUUUGCUUCAAUGAUAGACAGGUUUCUGGUUUCAGUGUUAUGCUACCUGUGUAACUAGCAGAGAGCUGCGUCCGUUCUAAUACGUAAUGUAUUAUUAUCUCAUUAUGGGGUGACUGGUCUCGCUGGAAUCACAAUAAUAGCUGCUGUUCUCCACAUAGUAGAACAUACAGGACUUUGUGGUCUCCUUAUCCUGUGCCACCUUAGAACCUUCAUUUUUCAAGUCAUGAGAAAAGCUGCCUGGAGUGAUGGGAUGUGGGGAGAUCUUCUUUUAUAAUGAGUUAGCAGUAUCAGAUCAGAGAGCAGAAAGAAAAAAAACUAGCUACAAUCAGUAUGUUUUCAUUUCCUAUUCACGUAUUGGCGACAUUGCGCAGUGUUACAUUGUUUAAUGCAUUCAUUUAGCCCUCCAAGAUUUCUUGCGAAUAGAUAAACACUUUUCUUUUUUUUUAAUGGAAAUAAAGGUUGUCUGCUUAAUUUUAUACUUUGUAAAUCCCAGGCAGUAAUCGUGAAUAGUGCGUCUUGUUCUUGCCAAAAUUGUACACUGGCUGCCAUUGUUUUGGAGAUCUGUUCUUUGAAUGUAGUCCUGUAAUACACGUUUAAAGGUUCUAAUCUACACAGAUGAGGGCAGGAAUUUACAUCAAGUAGUGCAUGAAUCACUUUGGAUUUACUGUGAAUUACGUGUGAAUUUGUACAUUUGAAAGAGAAAUAUAUAAAAAAAAAAAAAAACCUUGACCCAUCAAAAAAAUGUAAAUAUAGAUGUCAGUAAUUUGGUGCUAUUAUCAAUUGCUUCUAAAUUUCAGAGAUGUGCCACCAGUUGCUGAAUUUUCACUGGCAUUUCGUAAACUCAAUUCUAAAUCAUUAAAUUUGUGUUUUUUUCACAAAAAAAAAUAAAAAAAAAUUGCCAUCAUUAAAACCAUGAUGACCACAGGUGCUGUUCUGAUCGCUCUUUACUUGAACCUUCAAUCUGUCUGCUUUAAUUUGCCCUAGAUUACAGAGUAUUCUAGCGCUCAUUGACAAUUCCACUUUGCCAUCUUGUUUUCUUAGCUGAUCGAAAAGGCUGUCCUCUGAUGAAUUGUAUUCUUUGUUGAAUAGUCUGCCUUCUGCACACUGUAGGCUCCUGUAAGACACGGUGCUUUAUUCACUUGCAUUAUACAAUCUGAAAGGGCUAAAACUAUGUUUUUUCUUUGUACCUUUCAAGAAGAAGAAAAUGAUGUGAUGACUGAUAUAUUUUUAGGGGGGUUUCUAGCAUUAAGUUUAAGUGCUGAAGAUUCAUUGGACUGCAUCACAGUACUAACUGGAAAAAUUUGCAGACUUGUUAAAACCAAAUGCUGUGUUCGGUUUGUUGGGAAAUGAGUGACUAUAUUUCUGCAUGAACUCUCCCUAAAUAUUAGGGAUUCUUGAAUUGCUAGUUCCCAGAAUUUAAAAUCAUUAUUUUUAGCCUCCAUUCUGAAGGACUUGGCAUCCCAGCUGUUGUGUAACUACAAUUCACUUUAUGCUUUGUCUCUGCUAUACUCUACCUGCGCUGCGUGAUGUUGGCAGGUACUGGAUGGCUACCGAUAUUAUAAACUGAGUCUUGGCCUCUGCAAUGUAAAUCAAAUGUUAACAGUCAUGGUUAAACAGCUUGUUUUUUAUUUUAUCU